UUGGGCAUUUUAACGUGGGAAGUCUAUGGGACUGACUCCCUAUUUCAGCCAGCCUCAAGCGGCCAGUCAAUGAAUAGCAGUUUUAGUCACUUUCUUGUUGGCUUCACGUCACGACAGAGAGCAGGAGGUUGCUGCUUGGUACAGACGUAGAAACUAAAAUGUCAAAAUCCAUCAAAUUGCUCAGUCUUCAAUACAACCAGAUUAAUGAAAGCAAUACUUUUUCUAGUGGGGAUAUUGUGGAGGGACGAGUUGUUUUGGAGGUUAUCAAAGAAAUAAAGGUGAAAAGUUUUUUUGUGAAGCUGACGGGGGACGCACAUGUGAGCUGGACUGAAGGCUCAGGUGACGACGAAACAACCUACAGCGACCAUGAGAGAUACUUCAAACUAAAGCAAUACUUCAUUCAAGAGAGCUCGAAGAAAGAUGGACCAGUGAUUUGCCCAGGAAGUCAUGUUUUUCCAUUCAGAUUUCAGCUGCCUCAACAAAAUAUGCCUCCAUCUUUUAAAGGAUUGCGUGGCUGGGUUAAGUAUGUCUUGACAGUAAAGCUGAGCAGGCCCUGGAAGUCAACAUCUGCUGCACAGACAGAAUUAAACUUUGUGCUGAGAAAUUAUGGGACCAAUGAUCAUUUACUGCAACCACAAUCUGGCACAGAGGACAAGAAGAUAAAACUUUUUGGCUCAGGAAAAAUGUCACUGACUGUAAAAGCAGAAAAAACUGGCUAUAUGCAAGGUGAAACAAUCAGAGUUUUUGUCGACAUUGACAACUCUUCAUCUCGUAACGUCAGGCUAAAGUACAGCCUCAAGCAGCUACAGAUGUGCAUCGCUGGCAAGAGCACUAAUAGAGGAUUCAAGUAUAUAGUCAAAGAGACUAGAGAUCGCAUCCCUUCUGGAGAAAAGUCAAAAUUCAUAGUGGAUAUGAAGCUUCCACAUGACCUGACCAUCACCUUUGAAAAUUGCAGAAUUCUAAAAGUGCAGUAUGAACUCAAGGUGUAUCUGGAUGUGUCUUUUGCCUCAGAUCCAGAAGUCAGAUUUCCUGUGGUCAUUCUUCCAGCUGAACAACAGUGUCCUUCCUGGCAAGGCCCACCUGGAGGGUUCCAGCCAUAUCCUCCACCUCAGCCUAACCUUGUGCCUUAUCCUGGUGUACUACCUCCUCCACCUGCAGGACUUUACCCCAAUCUGUAUGACCCUACAGUGCUGCCCUAUCCAGGAGCUGCUGCAGGGGUCUAUCCAAAUCCACAUGCCAUCCAGCCUGGUUUCCUUCUGGCUCCUUCUGCACCAGUUUAUGAUCCAAAUCAAGGCACUAAAGAAUCCUCUACUAACGUGCCUUAUUAGUCUCCUUUACCAGCCAAACCUCUGAGCACCAUUUAUGCUGUCAUUGAGUACUUAAUGUCUACAUGCCUACUAUCAGAAAGCUCAGUUCCUAUCAUUGUGCCUUUU